AUGUAUCAGUUUAAAUAAUUACUCAAGGUGCCAUAAUGAUUAAGCUGUGAUGUGUGAUGAUGACAGGGGGGGAAAACUUUAGUGAAUACAAGACAUAAUUGUACACCAUAGUCAUAACGUGCUUGCAUUUUAAGGUGUAUAUGACGCCACUAAAGAGGCAUUUCAGCAUCUAGGAACAGAAGCAGUGUGGUUAGAAAAGACAGUUGCCAUGGGAGCUGAUGGUGCAGCAGUCAAUCUCGGGCAUAAAGGAGGGGUAAUAGCCCUCCUCCAAGCUGAGGCAGGGGGUUUUAUUGUCCCAUUUCAUUGCAUGCCACAUAGGUAGGUUACAUGUGAACCUUCAGAAUAAAGAUAAGGUAGUAGCCUAAAUAAUGCAUGUUUAAUUUUAAGUUGAAUUCUUUGUAAUUGUAGACUGGAGCUGGCAAUGCUAUCUGUGCAAAGGAAAAUUCCAAUGGUGGAUCAUGUCUACAAUUUCCUCAACAUGGUUUGGAAGACAUACCACUUUAGCAGCAAAUCUAUGAGAGAACUACGAGCACUUGGAGAGGAGUUGGGUGUGCGUGUCAAUGUACCAGGUACUGUCAGUGGGACACGCUGGCUUCCACAUGUGAACCGGGCCCUGCAAACCUUGCUGAAACCUGGAGGAAAGGAUAGACAUCUGCAGAACCAUGGCCAGUUCACAGCAGUUUAUUACCACAUGGAACAUUUGACUGCAUCAUCCACCAAUGCUGAUAUUGCUGGAAGAUCAAGGAAGGUCAAGAAGAUGAUGGAAGAUGGAAGCUUUGUGGGUUUCUGUCACUUCUUGGCUGACUUGUUUGAGGCCAUAAGCAAAUUCAGCCUUCUUCUCCAAAGAAAUGAUAUUAUUUUGCCUCAGGCUGUGAAUGGAAUUGAGAAUCUCCUUGCAACUAUUGAGGCCAUGUCAGUGAGAUGCAAGCCGGGUGGUAGGCUGGCAGAAUUACUGGCAGACCUUCAGGCCCAGAGAAGACAACAAGAGGUUGAGGGGGAGACACACCUUUUGUACAAGUAUCAGGUGAGCAGGGAUCAUCAUCAAAUGUGA